AUGGUUUUGUGCUGUUGUAUUUGUAAAAUAAGUUUUGGUGAAAUUGAACAUCUUUCGUUUCAUAGUUUGCCAUCUAAUGAAAGCUCCAAGGUCGAAUGGCUUUCAGCUAUUAAUAAAACUGUAAGUAAGAGCAGCCGAGUUUGCAGCAGGCAUUUCAAGUCUACAGAUUUCAAGUACAAAAUUCAAAAUGGCAAAAUCUGUAAGAGUUUGACCUCAGAUGCUGUUCCAUCAUUAAUGUUGAAUACAAGCAGUGAGGCAGAAAAUAUUGAACCAACUACACCAGAUACAUUAGAUAGUAGUAGUAAUAUAUUAUGUGAAAAUUUAUUACUUGCUACUUCUUCAACUGAUCUUCAAAAUAACCAAGAAUGUUUCCAAAGUUGCCAAAACAUCUGUGAUAAAGAGUCGCAUAAUGAAGACUCGCAAACAGAUAAUGAAGUAAUAACUUUAGAAUCAAGAUCAAAGAAUCCCAUUGACAGCUCAACAGCUGCUCUCUCUCCAAAUGCUAAUCCUGUAUCAUUAAAAAGUCGUUUCAAGAAAAAAGUCAGCACUUUCGAAGAUCUUUUGGAUCACUUAAAAGAAGUUGGACUUAUUUCUAAAGAAGGACUUGAUGCUGUAAAAUUACAUUCCUCACCCGCUCUUCCUGAAAUAAUGAAAAACAUUCUUUCUACCAAAAAAUAUAACUCCUACUCACCAGCACUAAAAGACUUUGCUUGUUCCUUAUUAUUUUAUUCAAGUGCAGCAUACAAAUUCGUAAGGGAUCAAUUUUUAGAAGCUUUGCCUUGUCCUCAAACGGUUAGAAGAUGUUUAAAUGGGAAAGAGUUGCAAUUUGGACUCCAAUUGGAUGAAAUGUCAGUAAAAAAGCUCAUUGAAUUGAAACAUAAUGUAUGGUAUGGAUUAGUUGACAUUGGAGGUCUGGGAAAAAACAAUUCUGAAGAAGCUUCUUAUGUUUUGGUGGCUAUGCUCGUGUGUCUAAAUGGACACUUUAAAACUCCAGUAGCGUAUUAUUUUAUAAAAAGUCUUUGUGGCCAGGCAAGAUCAAAUAUGCUACAGGAAAUCCUGUUAACACUCCAUGAAAAUGGAAUAAGUGACGUUCGUUCUGUCACUUUCGAUGGUGCAUCAAGUAAUUUGAGUAUGGUUUCUGAACUUGGCGCUAAUACUACGGACAUCGAUCAAAAAUGUUCAUUUGAACACCCAACGACGGUAAAUAUUCGGAAAAUGGUACACCUCACCGAUUUCAUCGCUCUUUGGAUAUGUUGUAGAGGAAGUUAUUCUGAGUAA